CUGGCCGGCCGCCCGCCCGCUCGGGGAAACCCCCGCGGUCCUCCGGUCUCCCUCAGCGGGGCCCCUGCCCUACUGCGCGGGGACGGUCAUCCUGCGAGGGAGGAGCCUCCCUCCCUUAUCUCGAUAUGGCGCGGGGAGUGGCGGCUGGUGGGGAGAAGGAGGGAGCGGGACUUUCCGACCCGGUCACCCGAUCCAGACGGAGCAGUGACAGCAGGAGCAGUUGCAUCUGACGGCGGGGCUGCAGUCACGGCUCUGCGAAGGGCUUUCACCCACAGUAACCCCCUCUCGCCCAGAGCAUGUUCCAGAUCCCAGAGUUUGAGCACAGCGAGCAGGAAGACUCCAGCCCUGCAGAUCGGGGCCUGUGCCCCGGCCCCACGGGGGCGCGGCUGGGUAACCACCGCAGCACGGCCCCCGAGCUCCUGUGGGAAGCUGGGCACCAACACGAGCAGCCGGCUGGUAGCAGCCACCAUGGAGGCGCUGGGGCUGCGGAGAUCCGGAGCCGCCACAGCUCGUACCCGACGGCGUCCGAGGAGGAGGAUGGUCUGGACGAGGAGGAGCUCAGCCCCUUCCGGGCCCGCUCGCGCUCGGCGCCCCCCAACCUGUGGGCCGCACAGCGGUAUGGCCGCGAGCUCCGGAGGAUGAGCGACGAGUUCCAGGGAUCCUUCAAGGGACUCCCCCGCCCGAAGAGCGCGGGCACCGCCACGCAGAUGCGCCAGAGCCCCAGCUGGACACGCGCCAUCCAGUCCUGGUGGGACCGCAACGUGGGGCGAGGAGGCCCCGCCCCCUCGCAGUGACCUUCCGCCCGGAGUUCCCGCCCCCGUCGGCGCCAUCUUUGUUGCGGGCGGAAGUGCCUCCCGCAGAAAGAGCGAGCGGCUCGCCUCCCCUUUUCCGGAAAGAGACGUGCGGGCCUCCCUGGCCCGGC